CUUACCUGCACCACCUGCGGCACCACAAAAACGAAAAAAAUAACCCCCACCACAACUACUACCACCACUUUAUUACCACCAUCACCUCCGCUACUACCACCACCCAUCACCACCCACCACCCUUCAGACGAUCCUAGUCGAACACGCAAAAAAUCCUUCCUACCAAAAAGUUCAUUAAAGAAUUCCUAAAUUGGCCACUCACAUCUGCGAUUAGCUACGAUCGAAUGCAAGAUCAUCCAGAUCCGACGUAUCAUUUAUAUUUACACAGGAUUUAAGAUUACUCAAAGGGAAAAAAAAAAUAUCAAGUUACGGGGCCUGGCGCAACCAAUUCGAUUUUCCCUUUCGGAAUCACCAUUUGCAGAAUAUACGACUCCCCAUACACCACCAUUCAUCCAUCCAGAAAUAUUGAAAGACAUGCGCUCAAUCACAUCUAUAUGGUAUAGUGUUCUCAAACCCGAGUUCAGCUAUUAGUUGAUCAUACGAAACCUGCGCCAUUGGGCAAUUUCAUUUCACUUCCCAAAAAGGGUUGAGGGUGAAUUCCGCUUACAAGAUGUCGUCUCUUAAUUCGAGUCCCAAUCCAACUCCUCCUACCUCAAGAGUUCCCGCACAACAGCAAUCUCCUCAUAUGUCUCCAUAUCCACAGAGAACAUCCUCUUUGAAUCGAAGACGUGGUAUAUCGCGUGUGCGGACCGAAUUCCUUCCUACCAUUACAUCCGCCCCUACCGUUCCAAUGUCGGCGUCCUCGGUCACAACCUCAAGCUCCGCACAAGCGUCGCCCAUCAUGUCACCCGAAACUAAUCAAGUUAUGACCAACAACUCCUCAUUACAAGUAUCCCCCGAAGGCCCUCGUGGGCGUGAACCUGAACAUCGCCUUCCCCCUUUCGACCCCCUCCCCGAUUCAAUAGUCUCAAGGAAACAUAGUCAAACCGCCAUGGCUGAGGCAUUCACGGGCAAUAGAUCGCAAGGUUUGAUGAGGAGGUUAUCGAACAAGAUCUCCAGACGACAAUCGACAACUAUAAGUCGGGACCAAAGUGCGGGACCAGUCAUGUUGCGACGCAGGAGUGACAGUACCAAUACAGCUCCAGAUUCCAGACACAACUUCUUCAACUCUGAUUCCGACGAAGAUGCCCACGAGGAUUGUAUCGAGUGGGUUGACUCUCCAUUGGGCAUCGAAGGUCUUCCCGGUGACUAUCCAAGCUCCAAUGCUUCAUUCGCUUGCUCUUCGACGAUGACUAGCGGCGGCGCUAAUGGAGGCCUCGCAUUUGGUCCCGUUAUACCUACCAUCCUUCUCCAGGGGACCACCAUGACCAAAAUCACAAAGAAGAAGAGAAAGUUUCUUACAUUUGUUCUAGAAGAUGAAGCUUGUAAGGUGUCGUGGGACAAGACGAGACCCGCAAAGAGCUUCCUCAUUGACAACAUCAAGGAAAUUCGACUCGGAUCUGACGCCCUGAACUAUCGUGAGGAAUUUAAAGUUGACCCUCAGGACGAACCUCGUUUCUUCUCCAUCUUGUACGUGGUACCCGACCACAAGUCGAAUGGACGCUCAACGAAAAUUAUGCACUUGAUCGCCCCUGAUGAACAAACUUUCGACCUUUGGACAACAACCUUGGAAGCUAUAUCGAAACAUAGAUAUGAAAACAUGUCAAGUCUUGUGGCCUUCAACGAAAAGGCAGUCAGGAACUAUUGGCGGGGCGAGAUGACGAAGCAAUUUUCCGAAAUACCUCAUGCCGAAGAUGAAGAGGCUCUUAACUUCGAGGGAGUCGAGCAGCUUUGCAAGAAUCUCCAUAUUAACACUUCUUCCAGAUUCCUGCGCGAGCGAUUUCACAAGGCGGAUGCUACAAAGUCAAAGAAAUUGAACUUUACCGAGUUUCAAGAAUUUGUGAAGCUGAUGAAACGCAGAGAAGAUGUUUCAGAAAUCUACAAAGAUCUUGCUUCCGAUGCUGCGAAAGGAGUCACACUCGAAGAAUUCAUCAAAUUUAUUGCCGUCGUCCAAGGGGAGAAUGUUGAAAAAGACCGAGCCAAAUGGGAAUCGAUUUUCGCGAAAUUUUCCCGUCGAUCAAGGUCACGAGAUCAGCCACUACAAGAUGGUGAGGCUGCACGGAUGAGUGAAGAAGCCCUUGCAACUUUCUUCACAUCCAUCCACAAUGUUCCUCUGGAGGCUAUGCCCGAAACAUUUCCCCUCGAUCGUCCUAUGCAUGAGUACUUCAUCUCUAGCUCUCACAAUACUUAUCUCAUGGGUCGACAGGUCGCUGGUGAAUCAAGUGUUGAGGCUUACAUAUCAGCUCUGAUCAAAGGUUGUCGAUGUGUAGAAAUUGAUUGUUGGGAUGGCAAAGAUGGGCGACCUAUUGUCAAUCACGGACAUACGAUGACCAGACCCAUCAUGUUUUCUGACGUCAUGUACACCAUCGCGAAAUAUGCCUUUGUCAAAUCUCACUUUCCGUUGUGGAUUUCUCUGGAGGUUCAUUGUAAUGAUGCCCAGCAGGCAGCUAUGGCUCAGAUCAUAAAGGACGCUUGCGGUUCUUUACUGGUCACAGAGCCUCUUGAUCCUUCGUCUCAGGAACUCCCUUCGCCUUCUCAAUUGCUGGAUCGAAUCUUGAUCAAGGUCAAGAAACCCAGAGUCGAUGAAACACCGGUCAAGGUCAAUGGUCGGUCUCGUGGGGGCAGCCUUAGCUCACCUCGCGUUUAUCCUACUCAGCUCGAUAAUUCAAGCAUUUCUAGUGGCUCCCUCCUGCCUACACCAAGUGCAACCUCAAGUGGAAGCAAUAUCAAGCAAAGCAUUCGAAGGACUGGAACUGAUGAGACUACAAGUAGCAGCAGUAGCGACAGUGAGGGAAACGAAGACAGACCUAAGGAUAAGCCCAAGACAAGCAAGAUUGUCAAAGUCCUUGGAGAGCUUGGUAUUUACAGUGCAGGUGUUAAAUUUCGUGGUUUCGAUGAUCCCGAGAGCAAGACCUACAAUCACAUCUUCUCCUUCAUGGAAUCUACGUUUGAUAGAAAUAGCAAGACUCAGGGUGAUCGCCGUGCGAUGACGAGGCAUAAUAUGAGAUUUCUCAUGAGAGUAUAUCCCAAUGGAUGGCGUGUCGCAUCUACUAAUUUCGAUCCGCUCAAAUAUUGGCGACGAAGUGUUCAGAUGGUUGCUCUCAAUUGGCAAACUCAUGAUCUCGGUAUGCAAAUGAAUGAUGCUAUGUUUGCAGGAGGCACUGAUCAAUCCGGUUACGUCCUUAAACCAAGCGAACUUCGAGAGAUUAAAAUGCUUCCCAGUGUUCCCGAGGAAGCAGGUGCCGAUCAUGUCAAGCGAGAGCGCAAGAAUGUUAACUUCUCGAUUGAUAUCAUCUCUGCUCAACAACUCAUGCGCCCAAAAGGUCUCCCGUCAAAUCGUUCUGUCGAUCCAUAUGUUGAAGUUGAAGUUUACCAUGCUGAUGACAAGAGCAAGGAAACUAAAGGGGUCAUUGGCGAAGGUGGUCUUGACGCUUCUGCUAAGGAUGGCUCUUCCGGUUUAGGGGCUCCUCACAAGCGUCGUACACACAUCGUCCAAGAGAAUGGCUUCAAUCCAGUUUUUAAUAAGAAGUUUAAUUUCGCUUUAACGACCAAAUUCCCAGAACUCGUGUUCGUUCGUUGGACUGUCAGAUGCUCCCCGGAUGGUCACAGUUACAAUGAUAAAUCUUUACCUUUGGCUACAUAUACCGCCAAACUCAGCAGCCUUAAACAAGGCUAUCGCACUUUACCUCUCUACGAUACAAACGGUGAUCAAUUCCUCUUCUCUACACUCUUCUGUCGCGUCAAAAUCGAUCCAGCUACAAGCAUCUAUGUCAAUGCCGAAGCAAAUGAAAGCGUCGGCGUACUAAAGAGUCUCGGUCGUACCGUCUUCAACCGAACACCUCUAUCACCAAAACCUCCUGUCGAUAGUGGUCAUCAAUGAUUCAAACUCACUUCAUCCUUCCACAAUAUUCGAUUCAUCUGUACAUUCUAUAUCAAUUGUAAUAUACUUCAUUUUGGGCGUUUGUAUCAAAAAGGCGAGGUGCCAUGCUGCGUUCCAUUUUCAUUGGAAAGAAACAGUCAUCGAUUCUCGGUUCAGUAAUUUCAAUUUUAUGUGGCGCGUCUGAGCGCCUUGAGAUUUUGAGCGAUCCAUUUUCGAUUUUGUUUCUUUUCGAGCGUUUCCAUUUCAGCGAGGCGCAAUUUUUAGGAGGGAUAAACAAAGGAUACCCCUUCAGCAUUCUGCGACUUGCAAUAUCACAGCACAGGGAUUGCGAUUUUCACUUCGAAUGGCGCGGGCAGCGUUAAUAUACAUAGGGCUGGGAAAUUAAAAGCAGCUCGCGCUGCGCGGUUUUGCUUGCGAUUGCAUUUUAAGGGGUCUGUCUGCAUACUCCAAACACUUUCGUGUGUAUGAUUUAUGUUCAUUACACCAAAAAAACAACUCCACUCAUUUAUUCAUAGAACUUUCUUUUGUUUUGUUCAAUAUCCGGCAACAUAGCAUGUAGCGGGCAUACUACUUUUGGCUUGUUUUUUGUUCCUUUGCAAAGGUUUACCCUCAGAUCAAAUGUUUCGCGGGUCGAGUUUUUCGGAAUGGUAUGGGAUUGGACUGGAUUGUACGGAAUGGAGCAUUGUAGGAGCGAGCAUAUACGAUUUUGCUGGACUGGCUCUAUGCGUUGUUUUGUUUCACUCCACUGGGAUCUUAUGAUUGGGAUACUUUUGGCGUUUUCAUAUCCUGGGAUGGAGGAACUUGUUUUUACUUUCUAGGCCUUUCUUGCAUUGAUGGAUGGGACACUUAUAUGACGGUCUGGCUCAUUGGACUCUACAAAGUGGGAGUUUUGUUUUUUGGUUGCAUACAUAUGGUAUACAAAUGUGGUGGUGACUGUGAUGGGCUGUGGUGAUGGUAUGAAGGAUCGCUUUAAAGAGCUUGAUCUUUGGCUGUACCUUUUAAGCUUUGAGCUUUUUUGAAAAGAAAUAUGGUGUAGCUUGGGAAAGAUGGAAGGGAUUUUCAUUGUUUGGCUGGUUAGCUGAUGAUAAAGUGGAUGGGUGGAAGCGUAUAGAAAGAGAGAUGAGUACAUGAAAAGAUGAGAAAUACAGAUGUAAGAACUGAGAUAGUUCAAGGGCAGGGAGGGGAGAGAUUGUGGACGAGAGAUAUAUAACAAUGAAGAUCUUCCUGAGCUAUAUAUAUUUUAGA